GCGCAGCUCCCGCCCACCGAGCGGAUCAAGUUUGAAUGAACAGCAGCAGUCUGCUCCGGAGCUGCCACUUGCAUUUGCAGUAAUUAUUAAAAAGUGAGUAUCGUGUCGCAGGGCGCGCACAUCCACGAUGGACAUGAAGAAGCGGAUUCACCUGGAGUUGCGGAACCGCACUCCGUCAGACGUCAAAGAACUUGUGCUAGACAACUGUCGCUCGAACGAAGGGAAGAUCGAGGGUCUGACGGACGAGUUUGAGGAGUUGGAGUUUCUAAGCACAAUCAACGUCGGUCUGACGACGGUUGCCCACUUGCCGAAGCUAAAUAAACUCAAAAAGCUUGAACUCAGCGAUAACCGGAUCUCAGGAGGGUUGGAAGUUCUGGCGGAUAAAUGCCCCAACCUCACACACCUCAACCUCAGCGGCAACAAGAUUAAAGACCUCAGCACAAUAGGACCGCUGAAAGAACUGGGGACCCUGAAGAGCUUAGAUCUGUUCAACUGUGAAGUGACGAACCUGAACGAAUACAGAGACAACGUGUUCAAGCUUUUACCCCAGCUCACGUACCUGGACGGCUACGACAAAGACGACAAAGAGGCGCCGGAUUCAGACGCCGAGGUUUACGCCGAGGGUCUGGAUGAUGACGAGGACGAUGAAGACGAUGUAGACGAGGAGGACUACGACGAAGACGCAGCACCGGGAGACGAGGAAGAGGAGGAAGGAGAGGAGGAUGAAGAGGAGAAUGAGGAGGAGGAAGAGGAGGAUCUCAGCGGAGAGGAGGAAGAGGAGGAAGACUUGAAUGACAGAGAGGUCGACGAUGAGGACGAUGAAGAAGAGGAGCGAGGUCAGAAGAGGAAAAGGGAACUGGAUGAAGAAGGGGAGGAUGAUGAAGACGAUUGAGAAGCCUCUUUAAGCUAAUUCGUGAACUGUUUUAAACUCGUAUCUCCCCGUCACUUCCCAACAGCCCCAUGUACUCCCCCCCCCCAGUUUCAUAUUGCAGUAGGAGUGCUUUUUGUUAUCGGCCAGUCAGGUAGAUGGGGUUGUCUGGAGGAAAGAAAAACUACAAAAAAAAAGGAUAAAUUUCUGUACCUUUGAUGCUCCCGUGUUCUAGUCUUUUCUGUCCACUUUUACCGGCUUCGUGGACACCAGUUUUGUAAAAUGGAAUAAUAGCAAACCUUUUUGAGAAAUGUUUCUGUUUUCUCACUGUUUGUGUAAAACCAGUUUUUGAUGUAUUUUAAGACCUCCCCUUGAAAAGAAAAAGAGAAAAAUCAAACAAAAAGAGUGCAUGUCUAAUACAUUCUAAAGUCAACUACUGGAUUCAUGUACGGCUGUCCUCUACUCGUCUUGAACUCGUUUUUUUUUUUUUUUGCAUCGUACUUUUUCUUAAUCAUGAUUUUUUUUAAGUUAUGUGUUCGUAGUGUCACCAGUAUGCCAAUACUCUGCUGUCCUGGUGUGAAUCUUGUGUCCGAACAUGCACAGUGUGAUAUUUUUAAAUCAUAGCAAACAAAUGUCUGCCCUUGUCAAAGCUGCUCCUCCUCCUCCAGCCCUCAGCUUUGAUAGUUCGGAAAUUACGUGUUCUUGUAAAUAAUGACCAAAUCUAUUUUUUUGUAUUCUCUUUGAUGACGGCAGACAUUGAACAGACAACUGAGGUGAAACUAUGAAUUGUAAUAAGAUAUUAAAUAUGUAUGCUGCUUUAUCUAAAAGAAAAACAAACUUACGCAGUGUGAAAUUUCUUGAAUUUGAACAUGACUUUGUAUGCAUCAACUUUCCAUAGAGAGAACGCCAUCGUUGCUUUUCCCGUGUUCUUUUUGUCCGUGACGCAUCAGGUGGAGACGUUUGGAUCCGUGGUGGUGGUCGUGCAGGGAAGUGCUCGAUAUAAAUGGAGGUUACAACUUCAUGUGCAUUGAAAAUUUAUUGUUUCAAAGUGUAAACUCUGGAAAACGGUCAUUUAUUUGAACGUUGUUUUCUCAAGUUAUACGCAGCGGUCAGAUUGGCCUACCUCAGUGAUUCUUCACUCUAUGUUAAUUCCACUGUCAUCAGCCAAAUUCUGUUUCUUUUUGUUUCUUCUCCCUCCCAUUCACUUCAAUAAAUCCCUUUUAUAUA